AUGAAAACAAAUAUGGUUAGUCACGUAAUGUUUGAUCAUUUUUCUCUUAAAUGUACUGUAGCUGAUCAACUUGAUGGUCGUUGCAUACGCUCGAAGUCUGCUUGUCAAACAAGUGUAAUUGUUGAUUCUGCAACCGAUUUAAUUAUACAUACACAUGAUGAUACACAUUCUUCAGCAACGGUUUGUGUCCCAACGCAUGAAUCACAAAAUUCGAUAAUAAAAGAUCGCUUUCCAAAUGUAGCUGGCUUAACGAAUGUGCUAGAUCAAUCUCCAACACCUAUUAAUAAAUUACCUUUUUGUGAACAUGAAGUUGGUUGUUUACUUUCUACGUCUCAGCAAUCAGUUCCUAAUAUGGCUGAUGAUGAUGAUGAUACACAUAUCUGUUGUUGA